AUGCCCCGCCGCUCUUCUACCGCGCCAUCGGCACCUGUGGUGGCGACCAUUGACAUUGGUACAACCUCCGCCCGCUGCAUUCUUUUCAGCAAAGAUGGUACCGAAGUGGCCAAGCACCAGAUCGAGUACCUGACUUCAGCGUCCGAAGCCCCGGCAGAAUCGCUGAACACAGACCAGUUUCGGCGGCGUAGUUCGCUUGCGCGCCACAACGAACCCAUUUUCACCGCUGAGGGUGUUGCCAUUCUGAUUUCGGACCAUGUGGAAAUCGAGAACAAUGCGGCCUCUGUGGGUCCUACUUUGCGUUUCCCUCAGCCAGGUUGGGUCGAAUGUAUGCCUGUGCACAUUUUGGCCAACGCUGUGCAGUGUCUUGUGGCUUGUCUUAUCACGUUGCGCAAAAUCAACCAGAACCCUGACCUCAAGAUCAAGUACAAGGUCAAGUGUAUCGGUAUUGCCAAUAUGAGAGAAACAACAAUUGUGUGGGACCGCAAGACAGGAAAGCCCUUGAGCAACGGUAUCACAUGGACAGACACACGUACAGCGGAAAUCGUGCACCACUUGGAAAACAUGACGGAUGACGAGACAAAAGCACGUAUGAAAGAAAAGACAGGCUUACCUCUUUCUACGUAUUUCAGUGCAGCCAAGUUGCGCUGGUUGUUGGACAAUGAUGAUACCAUUCGCGAACUAUACGAAAAGGGUGACAAUUUGAUGUUCGGUACCGUGGACACAUGGCUUAUCUACCACUUAACCAAAGAACGUACUUUUGUCACCGAUGUUACCAAUGCAUCACGUACCCUGUUUAUGAACUUGGAGACUCGCGAUUACGAUGAUGAGUUACUAGACUUUUGGGGAAUCGACCCAUCGAAGAUUUCCAUGCCUAAAAUCGUAUCGAGCCUGGAGUUCUAUGGCCUGUUUGUGGCGCCCAACUUGUCUAGCUUGGGAUUCCAUAACAGAAUCACCCAAGAAGCCUAUGACAUGCUUAAAACAAUUUACAAUGUGCCUAUCUGUGGCUGUUUAGGAGACCAGUCUGCUUCAUUGGUUGGUCAAUUGGCAGUGAAGGCUGGUUCUGCAAAGUGUACUUACGGAACAGGUUGUUUCCUUUUGUACAAUACGGGUGUGCGUCGUUUAACAUCCAAUAACGGUGCCCUCACAACCUUAGGUUUUUGGUUCCCAACUUUGGGUGGCGAGGACGGCCAGCCUCAUUAUGCCCUAGAAGGUUCUGUCGCUGUGGCUGGAUCGAUCAUCCAAUGGUUGCGUGAUAACUUAAAGCUUAUUGAAAGUGCCAAAGACAUUGGACCUUUGGCUUCUCAAGCAAGUAACUCGGGUGGUGUUGUGUUUAUUCCAGCCUUUUCCGGACUUUAUGCGCCAUACUGGGAUGGUGGCGCUCGUGGAACCAUUUUCGGAAUGACCCAGUAUACAUCAUCGGCACAUAUUGCUCGCGCUGCGCUUGAAGGUGUUUGUUUCCAGGUUCGUGGCAUUCUCAGAGCAAUGUCUGAAGAUGCUGGCGGGUCGAAAGAUUUCUUGGAAGAAGCUUUGCACAGUCAACAUGAAGAUAAGCCAUUAUCUACGUUGGCUGUCGAUGGCGGAAUGUCGAAAGCUGGAGAGGUUUUGCAAAUCCAAGCAGACAUUUUGGGUCCGUGUGUCACAGUUAAAAGAGCGGCCAUUUCGGAAUGUACCGCAUUGGGCGCUGCUAUCGCAGCUGGCGUUUCCUUCAAAGAUGAGAAUGAACGUGUUUGGAGGGAUUUCGAAGAUGUGAUCCAGCUGGUGACAGGUGAGGAUGACGAGGCCAAUGUUUUCAAGGCAAAACUUCCUGAUGUCGACAGAAGAAAAAACUGGAGACGCUGGGAGCGGGCUGUUGAGAGGGCAAAGGGCUGGCUAGAUGAGGAGUGA